CUGCAUCAAUCGAACGUCAAUCGACCCAGCAUCUCUGACACACUUGCACGAACAAGAACGAGGAUUUUGAGCUGGACAUGGAGACUUGCUGAACGACUAGACAUUUCUGCCUCCGACUGGACUCACAUACACGACCCGACACGAUGACAUCCUCAGCUCCGCGACCUGGACUCUUGAUGAGCUUUUCCAGCCCAUCCUCGAGCUCUUGCGGUAGCGACUCGACCUCGAACCAACCCGUCUUUCUCUCCAACUCAUCCGCGAGCUCACCUCGGUCCUCUGCGAGCUCCCUCCCACCCAUCACGCCGGACCUCACACCGGUCGCCUCGCAACCGUUUCAGGCGCCGUCGUUGUUGCCUGCUACGAACGACAAGAGCCCAGGUGGUUUAGCUUCCUCUCCGUCAUCGUCUUUGGCUUCGAUACCCGUCUAUGCCAAGACGAAUACCAGUCUACCGGACCAACUCCCUUCUUUCGAUGAUAUCCGCUUUGAUCCUCUCGGGGGUCCGUUCCCGGUGUUUGGCAAGACGUCACACGGCAUGGACCCGCACGGCCUCAACGCGUACCUCAUGCACCCAGAGGAUCAGCUUUGGAACUAUCUACAACCGCGACCGAGGAAUUCACUAGAGAUCUCCACCCAGCCACCAUCACAGCAGCAGCAACCUUUCAAGGCGGACCCGUUCGUCAAACACCUGGCCAAGUCGCCGCUCGGACGUCCUCCUCUUGUCCUCGGCAAACCAGAACCGAUCAAGUUUCCGGAUGAGCAGGAUGAGCAGGCAGGCGAGACGGUCAAGAAGGGAUCGUUCAAGUCGAAAUUGGGACUAGGGUUCGGAAAGGCUGGUGCGAAGACGUCCAAGUCGAGUACGAGCUUGAGCAGUCUUGUCGAGAGUACUUCCACCGUACGGGCCGCCGGGGCGAAAUCACAACCCGGAUCGCCGACGAGGGCGUUCAGGUCGGUCGAGAGGAUCGAGGAGGAUGAGACGGUUACUUCCCCCGGGACGGUGACGAGCCCGACGUCAGGGUUGGACGAACGGACGAUCAAGGGCAGUCCGGUAUUGCUAGAUCAGAAAUCGAUAUCCGACAGUCUCCUCAGCCCAGUCGAUUCGAGACCCGCUAGCACGUCGAGAUGGAGUUGGUUAGGCAUGGGACCUAAACAACAGCGGAAAAAGUCGGCAUCGAUCGCUUUGGUCAAGAAACCUACCAAGUUGCACGAGGCCGCUCCGCUCGAUCCUGGUCUCUCUGCAGAUCCGCUGGCGGGUGUGCUCCCGGAUUCGGUCCCUGCGGAUGCGACCCCAGCCGUCAACGAGUCGUUGCACCUGCUCACUCGGACCCGUUCGCCCAUGCCAGAAAGCUUGAGGGCGAUGAGGAACGUCUCCAUCAAAAAGCUCGAGAACCUCCGAGCUCCCAGCCCCAAUCCCAUCUUGCUCGAUGCGUCCAUCCCGGCUUACCUGGCGAAACAUGGAUCGGACGUGUCCAGCUCGAAACGGUUGAUGAAGUUCCCCCGAAGCGUCAAUUCCAGGCAGUUGCCAGGGACGGGGCUCGGACCGGCCGAAGCGGGGAUGAGGAUUGAUGUCGGAGUGAGGGCUUUGUUGAGAAAGAUCGACUCGCACGAGGUGCUAGACUUGAGCGAAAUCAGCACGAUGACCGUUUAUGCGACGACGUCUGGCAAGAAGAUGCCUAAUGGACUGAGCGACUUGGCCAAUAUCAAAGCCAAGAUCGAGCAGAACGCCAGGCGUGGACCGGGGAUCCCGGCUUUCCUCGCUCGGCCUGGGUUCGAAUAUAGGAUGUGGUGCUACGACGGGGAUGGAAACUGCAAUCGCAUCGAGAGCGACUAUGUCAGCUACGAGCUCGAAUUCUCACCGGGCCUUUUGGCGUUCGGAGAGGAAAUAUCGAUGUUGGCGAGGGACGGGAGAUCGAGAUAUACUUCGUACGACAACACGGCUGCGGGUCGACCGAUCCAAGCGAAUUCGAGGUCUACGUCGAGGGAGGCUUUGCAGGAUGACGAAUUCAAUUAUGGAAAACCAGAGACAGCCAAGGCGGCUCAGGCUCCGAUUCAGACGAUACCACGCUCCAACUCCUCCGUCAAGUUUCCUUCCUCGCAACCGACUUCGGCUUCGCUACCCAAAUCAACACGGACGGGGAAGACGCCUCGAAAGCAAAAGCCGAUCAACUGGGCGAUCGCGUCUGACUCGGAGAGUAGCGAAUCUGAUUCGGAAGAGAGCGAGAGUGAGGAUGAAGGGCAGCCGUUGAGCAGGGUCGCGACGAGGCAGAAACCAGUAGAGAUGGAGCCGCUGAAGGGUGUGCGAUCGCAAGGACCGCCUGCGAGCCGGCCGAACAACUUGACUCGACCUACUUCCCUCGUCGCCGGCCACCAGCAACAAUCCAGCAGAACUACAGCGGCGUCACGUCCUCCACUCGACCGUCGCACUACCGACGAACGACGACGGACCGAAGCCGAUCUGACGGCCAAGUAUCGAGACCACGUGAUGCAAACCAGGGAACGAAGAGAUCAAGCCAGGGUCGGUGUCGUCGAGAGGCAACGAGCUGGAGAUGCCAUGAGGGAAAAGGAGCGAGAUCGUCGAAAAUCGCUGGCGGGGAUCUCUCCGAUCGUCAUGCCGGAAAAGACGGGUCGAAGCGCGAGAAACACUUCGGCUCCCGUCAGUCCUCAUCACGUCCGAAACAACUCGGAAGCCUCGACAUUCAACGGAUUGUCCGCCUCGGGGUCACGACCGCACCGCAAAUCCACCGUCGAGCCAUCGAGGUUGAAUCCCGACCUAGGCAACCACGGUUUGAGUCGUCGCUCGAUGAGCUACGCCGACGUUCGUGCUUCGACGAUGCAGCAACCGUUCGCGGUACCUCAUCAGGCACCUUUUUUGCCGCACUCGAUGUCGUUUUCCCCGGGUCAACCUCAGGUCAUGUACGUGCCUGUGCCAGUCAUGCACUAUCCUCAGCCUAGCAUGGGAUUCAUGCCUAUGCAUCCGAUGAUGGGACAACAACCGCAACAAACGAUGCCACCCAAUUUCUCUCAGAUGAGAAGACAAUCUAUCGGAAUUCCCAUCCUCUCACCUCAUCAUACUGGCUCACGACACACCAAGAACGUCAGCGGGCAUCAGUCCGGCGCUCCCAUGUUGUCACCGAACCAUACUGGGCCCCGACAUGGUCAAAACACUACCGGACAUCAACAGGCGCUGCAAUCGUCCCGGCCCACCAAAAGAACGCCCGUCCAAUAGAGCGCGGCGCGAUUCUACCCUAAUUUCACGACAUGGACCUUCUCUCCUUUUCUCUCACUUGACGAACGUUUCAUCAUCAUAUAUAGUUAUUUAGUGUAGCGCUUGCAUUCUCUGUAUGAGCGCCUUUCCCUUGAAUACUGGUCGAAUUGACCCCUUAAACGAUCUUUCAUGAAUACCUUUUCGGGUCGGGCCAAGAAGCCUCCGAUCGGAAGCAAUUGGAGCUCGCUGAUAUAGAGAACCGUAGCACGAUGUCAACAGGUCGAUGCUCAUCAAGUCUCCAUAUCUAAA